UAGUGUGUUGCGACGCGGCGGCUGUAGGCCCAUGAUAUGCGCUGAAGGCCGAAGCCAUGGCGCCUGAGAUGCUGGGUCUGCGAAGGCGAGAAGACGCUGUUGCUGUUGCUUUAUAUGGAGAUGCAAAGAGCAUACAGUUGGUCGCACGGUAUCGCGGUGAAUUGGGAUGGAGGAAAUGCGAGGCUAGAGUUGAAUUGGCGAUGGUCGAUGAUGUAGUUGAGGUCCAAGUUUGUCGACCCUGGAGAAUAAAGUGACGGUGGGGCCCCGGUGUUACAACUGCGACGCUACUGGCCAAAGGCAGCUCCAGGGCCUGUACAGGCGACAGGCGCCGCAUUUCAGGUCGGGUCGGGGGGAAGAAAGUUACAGGCGGGCGGAUGCUGUUCAAUUGCCUUAGGAUGGAACAAUAUCCAUGGAUCUCAAGGUGUAAAGUCAAUUCAAAAGGUGUGAAUCAUAUUUUGUGAGGGCGUAUCAGAGCAAGCUCAACAAAGACAACCGCUCACCCGAACUCCAUCCAUUACAUACUCUCUACCCUAAUUACCCCUCAUUGAACUGAAGUGUACUGUACUCAGCUGGGCUAUUUUCCUCUGCCUUUGACUAUGGCGUCGCCUUGUGCUAUUCGCUUCGUCACUGGCACCAAAAAGUCUCCUAUGGGCUCUCUGCAUCUUCAGCUUCGCGUGAAACCUGGAGCCAGCAAAAACCGCGAGGGCGUCAUAGCCGUCACCGAUGAUGCAAUCGAGCUGUGCGUUUCUGCUCAGGCGAGAGAGGGCGAGGCCAACAAGGCUGUAGUUCAGGUUCUCAGCGGUAUAUUGGGCGUGCCAAAGUCUAGUCUUCAGCUGACACACGGCACCAAGUCGCGCGACAAGACGAUUGUGCUGAAUGGGAUCAAAGGCGACGGAGAGGAUUAUGCAAGGAGCAUACGGGAGAUACUUGACAAGGCAGCCGAGGAAUAGUCAAACACGAGUGAUAGUAUGCACCUACAUACCUGGGUAUACACCGUUGGCUGCUUUGUUUCUCUCAAGAUAUGAGCUUCUCAUUGGUUGGUGCGGUUCUCUUUGAGAUAAAGACUAUAUUACUGGAUUGUUAUAGCCCAGAAACGCUUGGGACUGGCUGAACAUGUCCUUCCCCUGGUUUCCUGUCGUCCUAUCGGUUGUGUAUUGGAUGAGGGUGGCUGACUUUAGAGUAUGGCUUAUAUUCUACCUACCUAGCUUACCUACACUUCAUUUAUGCUCACGAAGUAAAACCUUUUAGAAUAAGUUUCACUCUGGUGGGGGA